AUGGCAAGGCCGCCUCAUAUCCUUGUAGUCCCGUAUCCGGCCCAGGGCCACAUGCUCCCCCUCCUCUCCCACCGCCACGGCCUCGCCAUCACCGUCGCCGUCACGACCAAGAACCUCCCUCUCCUCUCCCCGCUCCUCUCCUCCUCCCCCUCCAUCGAACCCCUCGUCCUCCCCUUCCCGAACUACCCCUCCCUCCCUCCCGGCGUCGAGAACACCAAGGACGUCCCUCACUCCGUGCCCGCCUUCUUCCGCAUCAUGCACGCCCUCUCCCACCUCCACGGCCCCAUCUUAGCCUGGCCCCGCUCCGCGCCUAACCCCCCGGCCGCGAUCGUCUCCGACUUUUUCGCCGGAUGGACCGUCAAGCUGGCGGAGGAUCUCGGCGUACCGAGGAUUGCGUUCUGUCCCUCGGGCGCGCUGGCUCUGUCGAUAACCAACUGCCUCUGGCGAGAUAUGCCGGAGCCCGGGGACGUCAGUUUCGAGGCGCUCCCGGGUUCCCCCGUUUAUAGGUGGGAUCAGCUGUCGACGCUUUAUAGGGGCUACGUGAAGGGCGACCCGCUGUCCAAGUCCGUGAAGGAGGGUUUUGUCCCGUUGAUGGCAAGUCCAGGUCAGAGAUUCUUUUUGCGGGCAAAUGGGUAA